AUGGACGAGUUGGUGAAAGAUUCCAUUCGAAUCGUAAACCAGAACACGAAGUCCGCUGUACCCUGGGAGCUCGACCAGCCAGCUGCUCAACCAUGCUAUAGCUGGAACGAAACGAAGUGGCAGCAAGUAACACGGGACCCGAUGCAGACCAACCAAAACGCACCAGAAUCGAUCGCACUUUACAGCUGGAAUGUUGACUUCAUGCUACCGUACCCGGACUCAAGAAUGCGAGCAGGUCUUCGUCACCUGGAGAGCAUAAUAGCCAAGCAGCCAUCGUCUGCUGUUACAAUCAUCUAUCUCAAUGAGUGUGUGGAAUCAGACCUCAGACUUAUGGCAACCGAUCCAUGGGUCCAGAAGACCUUUGCGAUCACAGAUCUAGACAACACAUACUGGCAGUCUGGCCAUUAUGGAACGACCACACUGAUAGACAGACGCCUUCCCAUACAGUCAUGCUUCAGAGUGCACUACUCAAAAUCCAACAUGGAGCGUGAUGGCCUCUUCAUCGACGUCGCCUUUGGAGCCGGAAAGCCGAUCAGGUUCUGCAACACUCACGCCGAAUCACUUGCCAACGAGCCAGCGUUCCGUCCACCACAAAUUGCUUUGUGUGCAGAGUAUAUGCACUCUCCAGACGUCCAGGGGGCCAUACUUGCCGGCGACCUGAACGCAAUCCAAGACUUCGACAAGCAUCUUCACACAGACAACAACCUUCAAGACGCAUACCUUAAGAUGGGAGGCUCUGAAGACGAUGCCGAGAACGGCCAUACCUGGGGACAGCAAGCCGCAACAGCGCAACGCAUGCGGUUCGGGACGACACGAAUGGACAAGGUCUUCUAUUGUGGAGGCGUGAAAUGUACGUCAUUCGGUAGGUUUGGCCAGGAUGUCGAGGUUGAGGAUGAGAGGGAACGAGAGGCAAUCGUGAAGCUUGGUUUCGAAAAGCCAUGGAUUACUGAUCAUCUUGGCGUGAUGGCGACUUUUGAGGUGCAGUCCCAGCAGCAAGUGUCACUCUAG